AUUCUGGGUAGGGCCCGGGGAAGUGCGGUGGAUCUGGGUCUCUAUUUUCAAGACACCAGGAUCUGUCGUUGAGUGAAAAGAUCAUGGAUACAGGCCAACAAGGAGCCCCAGGUAGGAAGCCACUAGACCGUCCACAGACUCCAGAUGAACUGAAAUUUUACGCUCGGAAUUACACCUUGCUGGCGGUCUUGGCGCUGAUUCUUUUCCUGCCCUUUGGGCUGUUAGCCCUAUACUUCAGCCACCAGACCAACGAAGCCAAUAAAUGCAGCGCCUGGGAAGACGCCUACCGGAACUCAUCUCGAACUAUGUGGUUUAAUAUGUUGGCCAUACUAGCCUUUAUAGGCAUCAUUUAUGUAUUUGCCCUAGUCCUAUGAAAGCUAGACACCAGCAUCUACAGGCUCCUCCCCCAACAGACAUGCUCACUUAGACUUUGACCAGCCAUCAAGAAGAAACUCAGAGCUUCAGAAAUGCCCUUGCCAAGAAACCCACCAACCAAAAAACUCAACAUCCAACAAACGGCCCCAGGCAGGCCACCUGACUACACUCCACCAGUUCAUUCUCAUUUGUCUUCCACGGCUGUCUCUACGGCUCAAGUUCAAAAUCUGCAUAAGCCACUAAGCUGCUCUUUCAUGAAAAAAAAAAUCACAUUUCAGAGCCCAAUAAAAUUGAAGGGACUAUCCUGGC